ACAGAAUCGGGCCUUUCUAUGGUUGACUGGCACCUAGUAAAAGAGAUGAAACCCCCGAGAACGCAGAAGGAGUGGGAAGCCGAGUUCCAGAAGUACCAGCAGUUCCCAGAGUUUAAAAUCCUGAAUCAUGACAUGACGCUGACAGAGUUCAAGUUCAUUUGGUACAUGGAGUAUUCGCACCGUAUGUGGGGCCGUGUUGUGGGUUUGGCCUACAUUCUGCCUGCUGCCUACUUCUGGCGAAAGGGCUGGCUCAGCCGCCCCAUGAAGGGCUGUGUUCUUGCGCUCUGUGGGCUCGUCUGCUUCCAGGGGCUGCUGGGAUGGUACAUGGUGAAGAGCGGGUUGGAAGAGAAACCAGACUCUUACGACAUUCCUCGGGUCAGUCAGUACCGUCUUGCAGCACAUCUCGGCUCCGCACUGGUUCUGUACUCUGCUAGCCUGUGGACGGGGCUGUCUUUGCUGCUUCCACGAUACAAGUUACCUGAAACCCAUCAACUCCUUCGUUUGAGACAAUAUGCUCAUGGCACUACAGCUCUCAUUUUUCUUACUGCUCUUUCAGGUGCCUUUGUGGCAGGGCUGGAUGCUGGCCUUGUGUACAAUUCCUUCCCCAAAAUGGGGGAGCGCUGGAUCCCAGAUGAUCUCCUUGCCUUCUCCCCAGUGCUGAGAAAUAUCUUUGAGAAUCCUACAACUGUACAGUUUGAUCAUAGGAUCUUGGUAAGUGCCGUCUUCCUGCUCCGUCUCUGCUGCUUCUCUGUUGCUUCCUGUAGCCAAGCCGUCCUCUUUGGGCCGUAG